AUGUCGCCCCCAGAGAUCAAGCCUCUCGAGAGUUUUCCUGUCUCGCUUUCACCAUUUACAAAGCCUCGAGAUUCUUCAGCUCGCGACAUACGGCUUCCACCCAUCUCAGCUGACCGAAAACGGACGCAGUCAGAGAUGGACCUCCCAUCGCCACCUGUGACUCCCUACACAGGGAACAAGAAGAGCGAUUCCCACGCCUCGGACCAAAUUGAAAGGGAUCUGGGAUCCCCCAGGGACCCCGUCCUUUUCCCCCCUCAGGAUUCCGUUACUGACGUUGCUACCGAUGAGCCGCUGUUCGGCCCCGUUCACCCUCCAUCUGCAGAGGCACUCGUGGAAGAGCACAUGAAUUCUCAUAUGGCAAUGUUUCGCAAUAAGUUGAACAAACCCACACGAGAUGAAUAUCUCCUGGCGCUCUCCUGUGUUCCUAUUGUCUCGACCCAGUACAAUCGCAAUCCGGCUGCUUGGGCCCGAGAGGAACGAGAAACGCUGGAGCGUCAAAUGGUCAUGAUGAAUCGCUAUCGCCCAGGAGAUUACGAACCCAAGUUGAAGAAGAUUGCUCCUGCUCCCGUGAAAAGAUUGGGAACUCAGCCGCGCGUGCAGCGAACCCGUGUCAAACGCACCCCUAAAUCCACCCCCAAGCAGCAGGUGUCUGACAACUUUGAACCCCCCCAAACUCCGCUUACCAAACCGCGUACCUUGGGUACGAAUCGUGAUGAUACCGAUUAUCACUCACUCAAGGACUACUCGCCCCCGACAGAAACCCUGGGCAGUAAUGCCAAAGCACUGAAGGCUGAUUGGAAGGGGCAGAUGUUGGAUUUGAGCAAUGACCCGGACAGAGAUAUUCUCAGUCCCGCCGAGCUCAACCUAGCCUCCACUCUAAGACUUUCAUGUGCGACCUACCUAUGUAGCAAGCGUCGAAUUUUUGAAGCUCGUGUUCGCGCUCUUGGUGUUGGGAAAGAGUUCCGCAAGACAGAUGCCCAGCAGGCUUGCAAGAUUGAUGUCAAUAAAGCCAGCAAACUUUGGACCGCUUACGAACGUGUGGGUUGGUUUAAAGCUGAAUAUUUCCAUCAAUACCUAGCAUGA